AUGGAUCCAACACAUCCAGUACCGGAGCCGCAGAAGACUGACGUCGUUCCGGCUACGGCUUCCGCAUAUCUCGACCCUAGUUACUGGGACCAGAGGUUUGCUGAAGAAGAACAUUACGAAUGGUUCAAAGAUUACUCUCAUUUCCGUCAUCUCAUCCUUCAACACAUAAAACCCGAUUCAUCUAUUUUGGAGGUGGGUUGUGGAAAUUCUCAGCUCUCUGACGAAUUAUACCAAGAUGGAAUUACUGCUUUGACCUGCAUUGACUUGUCAUCAGUUGCUGUCGAGAAGAUGACGCGACGAUUAUUUACCAAGGGCUACAAAGAAAUUAAAGUGCUGGAAGCUGACAUGUUAGACCUGCCUUUUGAAGAUGAAUGUUUUGAUGUGGUUAUAGAGAAAGGAACCAUGGAUGUCUUGUUCGUGGACAGUGGUGACCCGUGGAACCCAAAGCCGGAGACAUCGAGCAAAGUUAUGGCAAUGCUUCAAGGUGUUCAUAGAGUUUUGAAACCUCAUGGCAUUUUCCUCUCUAUCACCUUCGGCCAGCCACACUUCAGGCGUCCUUUCUUUAAUGCUCCAGAAUUUACCUGGUCCAUUGAGUGGAGAACAUUUGGUGAUGGAUUUCAUUAUUUCUUCUAUAUCUUGAAGAAGGGCAAAAGAUCAUUAGACUACAACGGAGAUGCUGCAAAGACGAUGAAUCCUAUAUAUUUCGAACCAAUUUCGAUGAGAUGUGAUAUCAGAUAUAGAAGUUUGCUCUUAGCCAUUCCCCUGUAUUGUGAUUGA